AUGCCGAAAGAACAAGGCUCUACCGCAGUAAGGUCUCGUGCUACUAGAUCCAGCAAUAGCUCUCCAAAAGACGUGCCUGAGACACGAACAGUAAGAACUAGUUCUAAUCCUUCGAAAUCUACAAAGGUCAAUGCCAGUUUGACUCGUUCAGGGAUACCCUAUUAUUGUCCACCUGGUCGAAUAGCUUUCAUUGCCUUUUUGAUUGUGCGCUUAACUGCCGUUUUUUUCUCCAACAUAGCUGAUUGUGAUGAAGUAUUUAAUUAUUGGGAACCAACGCACUAUCUACAGUAUGGAUACGGAAUGCAAACAUGGGAGUAUUCUCCUGAAUAUGCUAUAAGAAGUUGGGCCUAUAUUAAAUUACACGCAAUUAUUGGUGGAAUAUUCGGCCUCGUUUUCAAUCACGAUAAGAUCAAAAUCUUUUAUGCCAUACGUGCGACCUUCGCAAUAGUGUGCGCAUUAUCCGAGUCGAUGUUUUAUAUCGCUGCGUUAACUUAUUUAGGGCCGCGAGUUGGACGUUAUUUGAUAAUCACAAUGCUUCUUAGCGCAGGAAUGUGGAAUGCAUCCACUGCAUAUCUUCCGUCCACAUUCGCAAUGUACACAACUAUGGUAGCUUUCUUUUAUGCACUGAUGCCAGUUUCAACGACUUCUGGGCGCAGAGUUCAUCGAACUAUUUUUUGGGUUGGCCUUGGAUCACUUUUAGGAUGGCCUUUUAGUGCUGCCUUGGGGAUUCCUGCUGCAUUCGAAGAAUUGGUGCUUCGAAACGCGCUAAAGAAGCCACUUGAGAGAAUUCGACGCUUGAUUUUCGGAGUUAUUACUUCCUUAUGUAUAAUACUGAUUCCGCUUGCAUUAGCAGAUUACUAUUUUUAUAAAAAAUUUAACAUAGUUCCGUGGAACAUUAUUGCAUACAAUGUUUUCGGUGGAAAAGAUCGUGGCCCUGAUAUUUAUGGUACUGAACCUUGGCAUUAUUACAUUAUGAAUGGCCUCUUGAAUUUUAACAUCAUGUUCAUAAUGGCUCUCAUUAGUUUACCUGGUUUAUUUGUAACUAUUUUAGUCGACAAUCAACGUAUUUCUUCUUCGCCAGCAGCUGUGCAACCUCAUAAGGAAGAAAGAUUUUUAUUUGUUAUCUAUCCUUUAGUGUGUCUAAACGCUGCUGUUGCAAUAUUUUUAGUCAGAGGGUGGAUUGAUCGAUUUCUUUCAGCUCUGUCAGAAAAUAUUCCAUAUACUUUUAAUCGGAAGUGUUAUUUAAAAUGGUUCACAUUUAGCAUCUUUUUUAUUUCGAGUGUAAUUUCUAUUUCACGCGUUUUUGCACUUUAUUAUCACUAUAAUGCACCAAUGGCGAUUUAUAAACACUUUUAUUAUGUGGAAAUUCCCCAACAAGUCGAAACGCAGAGACUUCAGUUGAAUCUCAAUAAUCCAAUAAAUCUCUGUAUCGGGAAAGAGUGGUAUCGUUUUCCUAGUCACUAUUUUUUGCCAGAUGGCGUUAGGCUGAGAUUUUUGAAAUCAGAUUUCAAUGGACAAUUACCAAAAUAUUUUUUGGAAGAUACGCAAGUUGAUUCUGAAAGUCGAACAAAGAUGAAUUAUAAACGUGAUGGUACUUGGAUGAUCCAAGAAGGAUUCAAUGAUGUUAAUAAGGAGGAAAUGGAUCGUUAUGUGGAUAUUGAUCAAUGUGAUUAUAUUGUCGAUCUAGAAACUAACUACACACAGGCUUCUGCAAAUGAACCACGAUACGUAACUCAGACUGAUAAUUGGAAUGAAGUCAUUUGUAAAUCAUUCUUAGAUGCCGCAAACUCUGAUAGAUUUUCGCGAGCAUUUUAUUUUCCACCCAAAUUUUGGCAAGGAAUGAAGGUGGUGAUUAGUUAUUUACCCAUUCGAACGAUAAAUGACAAUUCUGCUGUGAAAAAAUUGGGAUCUCUGAAGUGGGGUGACUAUUGUUUGUUAAGAAGGAAGUUCUAUAGAAACUCAUUAGCGUAG